AUGUCUUAUGUGGAGGUUUAAAUGGGAUUUGGAGAUAUUAAAAGAGCCAAAUAAUCUGUUGCUGUUGGAAUCUUGAUUUUAGUAUUAAUAUGUGCUUUAUAUAGGUAUUUUAAGAUGGAUUUAUUAAUUAUUUACAGCAGAAAGAGGAAAGGAUUAAUAAACAGAUGAAACAAAAGAUGUAUUGA